AUGGACGUAGCGGAGAGGGAGUGUCGUGUGCACUACGGGCUCAUGAGUCGGAACGACCUCCAGUUUGACUUUCACGCCUCCCACAACGAAGUGUCGACUGCACACUUCUUUCGUCCGCCUAAAAGGGCAUAUGAAGAGCAAGUUGCUCUCGCUGUGCUCCACGACGCACCUGUGGUGAUAGCGGCAGAAUACCUCCAGGCUGCGAUCAAGCGCGCAAUUGCAGCAUGGGAAGCGAUGCCAACUUCCCUGAUUAGUGGUUGA